AUGACCGAUGAAGCUCCCAAGAUCCCCAACACCCCUACCACGUUCCUCCUUUUGCCCACCGAGAUCCGCGAGCAAAUUAUAACGGAGGCCACACAACACUCUCCUCGGGGUCACCUUGCCGCUGUUUCCAAGGAAUGGCAACCUCUCAUCGAGAAGAACACGUUUGAGUCUCUCGUCGUCAGCAUAGAACAGCUAUCCUUCCUUGAUUACAUCAAGCUUUCACAGUACAAAUGUAGAUACUGCCUGGGUGAGGAUGAAUGGAGCCACCAUUCUCGGAGCAACCGGAUCUUUUCCAGGUCUUUGAUGGGCCUCUUUCGCCGGUUGAGGAGGUGGGCAGAGGGCAACCUGACACUAGAGAUCAACGCAUACUCGCCGAGCGAUUCGCAACACUUUUUCAAGGGCUACUACGUUGGAGAUCCAGCUGAGGACGAAGCUUUCGGCGAUCCUCGUACAUUCGACGACGAAAGACACGGCUUCUCGCCCAACGGCCAAGAGGCUCCGCAGGAAAGGGAUAUGAGAGAAGUAUAUGACAUGAUGGGGGAAUUCGUGCCGUUUCUUGAUCAAGUAAGAGGCGUCAAAAGAUUGCUCAUUCGUCGACAAUGCCGCCGCCAAUUCACCACUGGUCUUUUGUCUCUGCUCUUUGCCGCGUUGCCUGCACUCGAACACAUCCAUUACGAGCCCUGGAGGAUGAUUGAUAAGGGGUUCCAAGAUAGCCAAUGGUAUCCAGCUUUCAGCACCGUCAUCUCUGGGCAUCUCCCACGAAAUCUCAAGGCCCUAACACUUUUCGAGGACUUCAACCAAGACUUUUUUCCAGGGUCAGUUGUUCCAGGGAGAAUACCAAACGCACAAACUGCCCAAGCGCUUGUGGCCGCGAGCCUAGAGCUUGAACAUGUGUCGGCUUCUUUCAUGGUUGAUGCCCAAGACUUCUUCAAUGCCAACCAAGCUUGUCGUCAUCAAACCAGGUGGAAAAAUCUGGAGUUCCUUGCGCUGACAGGACGGUUAGUCGACCCAGCAGGCAAGGACCUGGGACUCACCAAUCUCUUGUAUCCGGCGGGGAGAUUUGCGCUUGGGGCACCUCGGCUACGCACCAUGAUUCUAUGGUACGGGUACAAGAACCAGGCUUGCGCCUUCAUCUACAAAAGGGACGACACCUCAAUCACUUGGCACGGAACCCGAGAGUUCGACUUAAAUAAACGACGUAUCAUCCAGAUAUAG